CGCCGACAAGCCACAGCAGCAUGACUUCUCCCUACGACCCGAGCUACACCCACGAAUACCUCAGUCUCUCGGAUGGCCUUCGCCUCCACUACGUUGACGUGGGGCCCCGCGAUGCGGUACCGCUCCUUUUGCUCCACGGCUGGCCCGACUUGUGGUGGAGCUGGCGGUUUCAAAUCCAGCACUUUCGCAAGACGUACCGCGUCAUUGUGCCGGAUCAACCUGGGUUUGGCGCGACGACGUCACCGAAAGAACCAGAAUUCUACCGUCGGAAGAACCUCGCGCUUGUAUACGCGCAGCUGCUCGACCACUUGCAGAUCGAGAAGGCCAUUGUCGUCGGGCACGACUGGGGCGGCAACAUGGCGUGGUCCAUGGCGCUCUUCCAGCCGUCGCGCGUCGCAGCUGUCGGCGCCAUCUGCACGCCGUACCGUCCGCUAACGCCCGUCAAGCUCACGCUCGAGAUCAUGGUCAAGUACGCGCCGACGCUGACGUACCAGCUCUUGCUCGUGCAGGACGGCACUGCGGCCCGCUUUGAAGCGAACACGGAAAAGUUCUUCAAGCUCAUCUUCCAGUUUCAAGAAUCCCAUCGCCCCGAAGCCGCGUUCGCAGACCUCAAGGCAAUGCUCGACCACUUUGAACAGUUUGAGUUUGACCCGUCGACAAAGAAGGCGAAUCUCUCGGACGACGACCUCGCAUUCAUCGUCGCCAAGUACCAGCGCCAAGGCUUCCAGACGGGCCUGAACUGGUACAAGACGGUUGAGAUGGACUACGAUGACAAGGUCGGGCUCGACCUGACGCUCCAGCACGACGCGCUCUUCAUUGCUGCGACGCAUGACAUGGCGUUGCCGCCCACGAUGAGCAUUGGUAUGGAGAAGCUGGUGCCCAACCUCACGCGCGGUCUUGUCGACGAAGCAGGCCACUGGGUCCUCUGGGAGGCCCCGGAUCAAGUCAACACCAUCAUGGACGACUGGCUCACCAAGGUCGUCGCCAAGCUCGGACUCGCCGCCGCGCCGUAAAUGAGCCGUUGGACCUGUCCCGUACGAUGCCUGACGGAUUCGUGUUGCAUAAUUUGAUUAGCAUAAACCUAAAAAUGAUUCGACGAUAGACCGAACUUUCGCC